CUGAAUUGUCAUGACCAACUGUGUGUGUGUGUGUGUGUGUAGUGUCUCAGGCUGUAUGAUCUCAGAGGAAGGCUGUUCUUCUCUGGCCUCAGCUUUGAGCUCCAACCCCUCCCAUCUGAGAGUGCUGGACCUGAGCUACAAUCAUCCAGGAGACUCAGGAGUGAAGCGGCUUUCUGCUUUACUGGAGGAUCCAAACUGCAGACUGGACACUCUCAGGGUGGACCAUGGUGGACCACAGAGACUGAGACCUGGUGUGAGGAAGUGUGAGUGUGUUUUAAGUUUGCUCUAAGAGAACUCAGCUGUGUGUUACACUAGUUUAACCCCUUCCUGGCGCUGGAAGUAUAAUAUGAGAUGAGGUUACUUAUUAUGGUGAAUUGGCUAAAUCUCCCUUUACCAGUGAAAGUUGUUAUUAUAGGCAUAAAUAACUAUAAAGAAAUAAUCAACAACCAAUAACACGGUGCCUCCACUGUGGAACUACUUAACUCACUAUGAGCUAUAUCGGUAUUUCAAAAGUGAAAAACAUG